AUGUCAACCGACUGCGAGAGGGCAUUCAGUCUUGCGAAGCUUACACCUCAAAAGAGACAUUACCCCCCAUCACCUUCCAUGUCCUUCGAGGGCGCCAAAAAACGUCAAAAGACUGGCUCAGAUAUCUUUCGGAGCCAGAAGAUCCCAUUGCCGCUGCCUCGGACGCCUGGUUCGAGAACUGGAGAUCCAUUCGUGGAUGAAGAUCCUACACCGUGGGCUCCAACGGAUACAACUUCGACGAGCGGCGCUUCAACAAGUGGCAGGUCAUCACCUACAAAACGACUUAACGAAUUGGCCCUUGAUCCGAAUGGAGUUGACUUUCGUGAAUUCACGACUGUGAACUACCCAAGUGGAGUUUUCACUGCGCUCUGGGAUAUCAGCCAGCUCGCAAGAGGGAAUAAAGUCAUAUCACCAGAUAAGAAAGUAGAUAUCAAACGUGCAGUGGGACAGAAAGGAGGGGAAUGGUUCCGCUUCGUUGAUGAUUUGUGUUAUUGCGAUGAGGAAGAUCCUCGUGUUCAGUGGGGUGAGACUCCAUCUGCUCGAUCUGUGCACAAGAUUCUUCAGAAAGCACGUACGAGCGCGACAGACGGAGAGUCAGAGUAUAGUUGGAACGUUGAAGUGCACCCAGCUGUGCUGGACCUUGCUUUGAGAGAUCUAAAAGGCCACGUCGAGGGCGACCGAGUCAACUUUAAGUUCUGUCCCUCGGCUCGCAUCAUGAUAGAGUACAGACCAGGCAGCACGCCAGAGUCCAAGAUGAUCGACUUCUGCGCUGUUAUCGAACCCGAAGUUGAGUCGUUGGCCAUGAUCGAUGGGCUGCGCAAGGUUCUUCCCAUGAACAGCAUCAACCAUACAGCGUGCAACCCACUUCUGAAGAAAACGCUUUGUCUCGCCAUUGAGACGAAACCGCCUGGUGAGAAGUGGAAUGCAGCGCGGCUUCAGGUUGGAGUCUGGCUCGCUGCACAGUGGACGUUACUUGCCAGACUCGUCCAUGACGCGGGCGGUUCUUUUGAGGGUUUGGAUUUUCUCCCGGGAAUUAUCAUUCAAGGCCAUGAAUGGUAUUUCGUAGCUUCAGGUCGCGAGGGAACAAAAACGGUAUGCUUGACACUCCUGCUGUGA